CUCCCGCACACUGUUUCUAUGGGAACAAGACGCGUUGAGCCACGGGUUUGUAACCUAAAGACAACCUAAACACGAUCUGGCCUCCUUGUCGCUUUAUAAAGAGGAUUAUCCCCUGUUCAGCCAAUGAGAACAGCCUAGCAGUCAUCUGGUCACCUGGAUAGCUGGACCAUCAGUGGAUACAGCCACCCGGUCGGACAGAGAAUCCCCUGGCUGCAGCCGGACACAAUGAACUCGCGGCCCGCGGCUAUUCAUUUUGUUAAGUAAAGCAAGCCAGAGAUCGGACGCAUUGUAAUGAGUUAAAGCAGACAUGAAGGACCUGGCAGUGGAAUCAAAAGAUCACCAACUUACGGUGGCUCUACGGAUCCGUCCGCUAAAUGAAGCUGAGAUUGAGGAGGGGGCAACGGUGGUAGCCCAGCGCGUGGAUGACCAGAUGGUGGUUCUCAUGGACCCAUUUGAGGACACUGAGAAUCACCUGCGGGCCAACCGCUCCAGGGAGAAGACCUACAUGUUUGAUGUGGCCUUUGGCCAGCAAGCCCAGCAGGAAGAGGUUUAUCUUGCCACCACUAAGAACCUGAUUGAGGGGGUGAUCGCCGGGUACAACGCCACUGUCUUUGCCUAUGGACCCACAGGCGCGGGGAAGACGUACACCAUGCUGGGCGUGGACUCAGAGCCGGGCAUCUACGUGCGCACCCUCAACGACCUCUUCAAGGCCAUCGAAGCGGGCAAGGAGGACAUGGACUGCAGCGUCUACAUGUCCUACCUGGAGAUUUACAACGAGAUGAUCCGGGACCUGCUGAAUCCGUCGUCGGGUUAUCUUGACUUGCGGGAGGACGCUAAGGGCGAGAUCCGCAUCGCCGGGAUCACCGAGUUCUCCACCAGCAACGCCAGAGAGAUUAUGGCCCUGCUGACCAAAGGCAACAAGCAACGGACACAAGAGCCUACUGCAGCUAACAAGACCUCAUCCAGAUCGCAUGCUAUACUGCAGGUGACGGUCAAGCAGAAGAGCAGAGUGAAGAACAUCAAUGAGGAGGUCCGGAUGGGCAAACUCUUCAUGGUGGACCUGGCCGGGACUGAGAGGGCCUCACAGACCCAGAACAGGGGGAAGCGGAUGAAGGAGGGUGCCCAUAUUAACCGCUCCCUGCUGGCACUGGCCAACUGCAUCAACGCACUGAGCGAGAGGGCCGGACGCGGCGCCCAGUUCGUCAACUACCGGGACAGCAAGCUCACCCGCCUGCUCAAGGAUGCUCUGGGUGGGAACAGCCGCACGGUGAUGAUCGCACACAUCAGUCCAGCCAGCACCAACUUUGAGGAGUCCAGAAACACACUCAUGUACGCAGACAAGGCCAAGAACAUCAAAACCAAGGUGAAGCGGAACCUGUUCAACGUGUCGUAUCACCUGGCGCAGUACACCAACAUCAUCGCCGAGCUGCGCAAAGAGAUCGAGAGGCUCCGCGCCAAGAUCGACGAGCAGGGCCACGAGCAGAAGAAGGGCGAGAAAGCUGACAUCCGCGACGUGCAGGCUGAGGUGCAGGAGUACAGCCGUAGAGAGAUGGGCCACCUGCGUGAGCAGCUCCUGUCGGCCUUCAGAGAGCAGAUGGAGAUCAGACGCAGCCUCAUGGAGCUGGACAACUGCAGCAUGGAGCUGCACAUAGACACCAGCAGACACCUAGCCACCAUCUCAGACUGGGAGCGUGAGCGGGCGCGCCACAUGAGGCGUCACCGGGACAACCACCGUCACCGGGACAACCACAGGCACGGGGAGAAACGCGACCGAGGGAAGGACGAGGAAGAGGACGAGGAAGAAGACGAUGGGGGAGAGGAGGAGGAGGAGAGCGGAGGAGAAGAGCUGGUCGAGCCUCAGGACGUCACCGCCGCGCGCGAGGAGCUCGGCCCACUGCUGGCCGAACAGAGGAAGACCAUGUCCCUGAAGUUGGAGUUGGAGGAGAAGCUUGCCUCCAUGAAGCAGAAGUCGGGUCAUCUGGAGGAGCAGCUCCCGCAGCGCGUGGCCAACGCUGACCAGCGUGAGCUAUUGUCGCUGCUGUGCCAGACGCACGAGCUGGAGCUGGACAACACGGAGCUGCAGGCGGCCGCGCUGCGCCGACAGCAUGCGCUCCGCCACCGCGACUUCCUGCUGCAGCGGCAUGAGCAGCGCAGGCACCUCGCCGACGACAUCAUCCACCAGCAGCGCACCGUCAUCCAGGAUCACGGGCUGGUGGUGCCUGCAGAGCUGCAGCAACUGUACUCUCUCUACCUGAGUGAGCUCAACGAGGGGGGCAUGGACCAGCUCCUCAACCUGCUCACCAUCACCUCCACCAGCGUCACGAACAACUCCAUCCUGGCCGUUGCUAAGCAGCUAAAGCUGGACGAGCUGGUCUCAGAGAUCCUCCAUGUCCACCACACCAACGCUGACCUUUCACCUCAUGCUAACAACUCAUCCUGGCCGUUUGCUAAGCAGCUAAAGCUGGACGAGCUGGUCUCAGAGAUCCUCCAUGUCCACCACACCAACGCUGACCUUUCACCUCAUGCUAACAACACGAAGGGAACCGUAGCCGGGGCCAGUCACCAUGCCGCCACCGCCUCCUCCUCAUCAGGCCCUGACAACGACAGCAGUGACAGUAACGGAGUGUUCAGAUCCACCACUAAACCACGCGGCCCACGUCGCCGGCCAGUCUCGUCCAGCCCCCCGCCCGUGACACAGCCCACAGGAGGUAAGGUGGUGAGUGCAGUGAGUGCUGAUACUCUGCGGGAGAUCGCCAGUGACACCAAGAGCAUCUCAGUCAUUGCUGCCCGGAGGAGGUCACGCAUAAAGGCCAGCAGCAAUAGAGAGAGGAGUCGGUCCCUGGAGCGCGGCCUGGGCGCUGUCACUGGUGCCACAAUCGUCCCCAACGUCCAGCCACCUACAGCCGAGCCACACCGCGCCUCCGCUGCCACCAACACCACCACCACCACAACAACAACAACAACAACCACAACAAACGUCCCCAAGACUCCCUCCUUCUCCACAGCAACCAUAACCAAGGCAACGGGCUCGGCGCUGGCUGCGGUGGCCAGGCGAGGCCUGCGUGCGGCGGGGAGUGUGGACAGCCUAUCGGUCAGCACGCCCGAGGAGGAGCCCGGCACGGCGGAGAGUGGGCGGAGGAGGCCGACUGGCACCGGACACACCGGCCCCCGGAGGGAGCCGCAGAGACCGGAGCGUCGGAACGAGUCUCCGGAGAGGCAGCAGACACGACGUCGCCGCUCCAAGUCCUUCGACGUUAACGGCAAACGGAAAGCCAAGGUGGCCCCGUCCAAGAACCCUGUGUUGGAGAGCGUCUCUGAUAACCGCCUGGUGCGUCCCUCGCAGGCCACCGUCCAGCCCCUGCUCAGCAGCGCCGGGAACCCCGCCACUCCCCCUACAGCCAAGGUCAAACACCCCGUCUCCUAUCACACAGGAGAGAGUCCACUUCAGAAGCUGGAGAUCAGAGGCACUCCCCCCAGCACUGUCCACCAGAGGAACCAAGAGGGAAGGGUUGGACCGACGCUGCACAGACGUAUAAGGGCAGGUACCAUGGAGACCCCUGGCUCCAACCACCUCCUCCUGCAGCCUGGCAACCACAAGAAGAGCAGCAAUGGCGCCGGCAACGCCCGGCACAAGGCCAGCCACGACGUCACCAGCAAACGCACAGACAACCACCUAAAGAAGGCGGCUCCAUGACUACCAUAGAAAAUCUUAAACCUUGUUAAAGCCACUGCGGUCCUGUGCUUUUAAAAGAUCCAGUUAGAGAGGUGAAGCACACAAGACAAUGUAACUGCUGUUUGUAGAGGAAGCUGUGUGAAUUCGUAUUUGAUUUUAUUUCAUUUAAUGUUGUAUGAAAAAGUCUUCCCUUUUCCUUCGUUUAACAUCAAAGUGUGUUCAUGAGUCUGUAUUAGGUUUCUUAUGACCCUCAAAUCCUAAUCCUGUAUUAGAUAGACAUACACUGUCAGUUAUGUAAUUAGCCUUACUGUGUUGAUUACCAUUAGUGAUAUAGACAGUGAAUAUUAAGGCUUAGUGUUACUAUUUUAGGCCUACCCAGUGACUGAACAAACAAAAAACAACUACAUUCUCUUCAUUUCUGUGCUCGUCGUGUUUUUGUACGUUUGUAAAUAAUAAAAAAAAAUCUAUGUUUGUAAAAUAA